CGGUUGGUUUCCGGAGCCGCCGCCAUCUUGAUCGCCGCCGCCAUCACCGUCUCCUCUCAGGUUUAGGAGCCGCUGCUAUGGACGGAGAGAUGGGGAUGUGAGCGGUCAUUGAGGGCGGCCAGGGUGCAGUUGAACCCCCCCCCCCCCCCAGCUACUUAGCGUGAGGGCUGAGCAUCGAGGGGCUGCGCUUCGAUGGAGGACCACAUGAUGGGGCACAACAAGGAGAAGCGUUAUGAGUGUGAAAUUUGUGGCAAGGCCUGGCUGACCCGGAGCAAACUAGAGAUCCACCGGCGAGUUCACACGGGAGAACGCCCCUUCGACUGCUCACAGUGCGGCAAGACCUUCAAAACGGCGAAUGAACUGAAGAUACACCGGCGAGUUCACACGGGAGAACGCCCCUUCGACUGCUCAGAGUGCGGCAAGACCUUCAAAACGGCGAAUGAACUGAAGACACACCGGCAGGUGCACACGGGAGAACGCCCCUUCGACUGCUUGGAGUGCUGCAAGAGCUUCAAGACGGCGAGGACCCUGAAGAUUCACUGGCAGGUGCACAAGGGCGAGAUGCCCUAUGCCUGCUCCACAUGCGGCAAGGGCUUUGCCCAGUCGUCGGGGCUGUGGGUGCACCAGCGGGUGCACAGCAGUGAGCGGCCGUUCACCUGCUCCGACUGUGGCAGAGGCUUCAAGUCGUUGCCAGAGCUGAAGAAACACAUGCUCAUGCACACCGGGGAGCGGCCCUACACCUGCUCCCAGUGCGGCAAGGGCUUCACCUCCUCCAGCAGCCUGAUGCAGCACCAGCGCACCCACACCGGUGAGCGCCCCUACACCUGUGCCCAGUGCGGCAAGAGCUUCACACAUUCCAGCAGGCUGCUGAUUCACCAGCGCACCCACACUGGCGAGGGCCCCCACACCUGUGCCCAGUGCGGCAAGGGCUUCACCUCCUCCAGCCAUUUGUUGAUCCACCAGCGCAUCCACACUGGCGAGCGUCCCUACACCUGCAUCCAGUGCGGCAAGGGCUUCAUCUCCUCCGGCACCCUGAUGAAGCACCAGCGCAUCCACACUGGCGAGCGCCCCUACACCUGUGCCCAGUGUGGCAAGGGCUUCACCAGCUCCAGCAACCUGCUGUCCCACCAGCGCACCCACACAGGCGAGCGCCUCUACACCUGCGCCCAGUGCGGCAAGGGCUUCACCAGCUCCACCCUACUGCUGACCCACCAGCGGGUGCACACCAGCGAGCUCCCCUACAUCUGCGCCCAGUGCGGCAAGGGCUUCACCCAUUCCAACAUCCUGCUGAUGCACCAGCGCACCCACACCGUCGAGCGCCCCCACAUCUGCGCCCAGUGCGGCAAGGGCUUCACCCGCUCCAGCAACCUGAUGCAACACCAGCGCACCCACACCGGCGUGCGCCCCUACACCUGCACCCAGUGCGGCAAGGGCUUCACCCGCUCCACCACGCUGCUGUCCUACCAGCGGGUGCACACCGGCGAGCGUCCCGUCCACAGCCCGGUGUGUGAAGAGCGCUUUGUCAGGGCCUCCCAUGCCCUGUCUCACCAGCGCGUGCACACCAGUGGCCAGCCCUACGACUGCCCGUACUGCGGUGAGGAGUUUGACAGCUCGCGGGGUUUGCAGCAGCACCGGCGGACCCACGUCGGCGAGCAGCUGCUCCCACUGUCGUCCCCGCUCCGCUACAUUGUUGCCGGGGAUGAAGCGCUGCCGCCCGCCGGGGUCGGGGCCGCCGUGGGUGAUGCGUUUGACCACCCCGUCCAUUUCCGCCAGCGCCGCCAUCUUGGCGCGUCGGCGCUCACUCGGGUUUUUCCGCGCACGCACUCGGGCGUUUCCGGCGCAUCGAGGGGCUGCGCUUCGAUGGAUGACCACAUGAUGGGGCACAACAAGGAGAAGCGUUAUGAGUGUGAAAUUUGUGGCAAGGCCUGGCUGACCCGGAGCAAACUAGAGAUCCACCGGCGAGUUCACACGGGAGAACGCCCCUUCGACUGCUCAGAGUGCGGCAAGACCUUCAAAACGGCGAAUGAACUGAAGAUACACCGGCGGGUGCACACGGGAGAACGCCCCUUCGACUGCUUGGAGUGCUGCAAGAGCUUCAAGACGGCGAGGACCCUGAAGAUCCACUGGCAGGUGCACAAGGGCGAGACGCCCUAUGCCUGCUCCACAUGCGGCAAGGGCUUUGCCCAGUCGUCGGGGCUGUGGGUGCACCAGCGGGUGCACAGCAGUGAGCGGCCGUUCACCUGCUCCGACUGUGGCAGAGGCUUCAAGUCGUUGCCAGAGCUGAAGAAACACAUGCUCAUGCACACCGGGGAGCGGCCCUACACCUGCUCCCAGUGCGGCAAGGGCUUCACCUCCUCCAGCAGCCUGAUGCAGCACCAGCGCACCCACACCGGUGAGCGCCCCUACACCUGUGCCCAGUGCGGCAAGAGCUUCACACAGUCCAGCAGGCUGCUGAUUCACCAGCGCACCCACACUGGCGAGCGCCCCCACACCUGUGCCCAGUGCGGCAAGGGCUUCACCUCCUCCAGCCAUUUGUUGAUCCACCAGCGCAUCCACACUGGCGAGCGUCCCUACACCUGCAUCCAGUGCGGCAAGGGCUUCAUCUCCUCCAGCUCCCUGAUGAAGCACCAGCGCAUCCACACUGGCGAGCGCCCCUACACCUGUGCCCAGUGCGGCAAGGGCUUCACCUCCUCCAGCAACCUGCUGUCCCACCAGCGCACCCACACCGGCGAGCGCCCCUACACCUGCGCCCAGUGCGGCAAGGGCUUCACCCGCUCCACCCUACUGCUGUCCCACCAGCGGGUGCACACCAGCGAGCGCCCCUACAUCUGCGCCCAGUGCGGCAAGAGCUUCACCCAUUUCAACAUCCUGCUGACACACCAGCGCACCCACACCGUCGAGCGCUCCUAUAUCUGCGCCCAGUGUGGCAAGGGCUUCACCCGCUCCAGCAACCUGCUGCAACACCAGCGCACCCACACCGGCGAGCGCCCCUACACCUGCGCCCAGUGCGGCAAGGGCUUCACCCGCUCCACCAAGCUGCUGUCCCACCAGCGGGUGCACACCGGCGACCGUCCCGUCCCCAGCCCGGUGUGUGGAGAGCGCUUUGCCAUGGCCUCCCAUGCCCUGUCUCACCAGCGCGUGCACACCAGUGGCCAGCCCUACGACUGCCCGUACUGCGGUGAGGAGUUUGACAGCUCGCGGGGGUUGCGGCAGCACCGGCGGACCCACGUCGGCGAGCAGCUGCUCCCACUGUGACAAGAACGCAUGGGGGCUGCGGGAGCACCAGCAGAUGCACACCGGAGAGAGACCCUUUGUGUGUGCUGAGUGUGGCAAAGGUUUCACCAACAAGUCCAGCCUGUGGCAUCACCGGCGUACCCACAGCGGUGAGCGUCCUUUCCCCUGCCCGUCCUGUGGUAAGGGCUUCACCCGCCUUGACCACCUGCUGGAGUCCACACCGGCCAGAGCCCCUUCACCUGCCUGCUCUAUGGCAAGGCCUUUGACCGUUCCUCCAGCCUGCUGGCACAAUGCCACAUGGAUAGAUAGGCGCUGUUUAGGUUCACACAAAAUGCUGGAAGGAAUGGGUAACGUUUCGGGUCAUUUCUUCAAUCACCCAUUCCUUCUCUCCAGAGAUGCUGCCUGUCCCACAGUUACUCCAGCAUUUUGUGUCCUUUUUUGUAAACCAGCAUCUGCAGUUCCAUGUUUUUAAUCCAUUCUGGUUAACCAUCUCUGCACCUUCCCCAAAGCCACCGCAUCAGUCCUGUAAUGGAGUGACCAGAACUGUAUGCAAUCCUCCAAAUGCUACCUGACCAAUGUCCCAUAAAGCUGCACAUAUACAUUCGUCACUUAAGAAACCUAUCUCUUUUAAUACCAAUAGUCAAUAAUCCAUCGUUUAAACCAUCAAUCAUAGACAAAUCAUUUAUACAAUGGGAAAGAACGGGAAUUAAAACGCUCGAAGAUCUGUAUGAAUUGGGGAAUUUACUUUCAUUUCAACAACUACAACUGAAAUAUAAUUUGAAAAAUAACCAAUAUUUUAAAUAUCUUCAAAUUUGUGAUUAUCUGAAAAAACACACAAAAGACUAUCAUAAUAUGCCUUCCGACUUAUUGGAUGAAGCAAUGAAGACCAAGGCGGAAUCAGCUAAUUUAAUAUCGUACCUAUAUAAUAUCAUUUUAAACAUAGAAAUACCCACAACAGAUGGAAUUAGAAAAGAUUGGGAACAAGAAUUAGCUAUAAAAAUCUCAAAAGAGACCUGGGAUAAUCAUUUACUACAGGUGCAUAAAUGUUCGAUCAACGUACGACAUACGCUCAUUCAAUUUAAAACAUUACAUAGAUUAUACUACUCAAAAACUAAAUUAAAUAAAAUCUUCCCUAAUGUUUCACCAAUCUGUGAUAAAUGCCUGUGUCAAGAAGCUACCAUAGCGCACUCUUUUGUUUUUUGUAUAAAAAUCAAAAAAUUCUGGUAUGAAAUAUUUGAUAUUUUUUCAAAAUUGAUCAAAAUAAAACUGGUACCAAAACCAGAAUGGAUUAUCUUCGGAAUAUUGGAAGGUAACCCUGAAUUAAAUGUGUUUCAGAAGAAUUUAUUUAAUUACGGGCUAAUAAUGGGAAAAAAGCAUACUUAAAUUCUGGAAAAAUGCGCCGACACCAACAAUAAAAAUGUGGAUAUCAAAUAUGUUUGAAACAUUACAUCUGGAAGAGAUGAGAUUCCUCCUAGCCGGUAAAGCAGACCAAUUCCAAAAGACGUGGUCUAUGUUUCUGGACCUAUUACAAGUAUGAGGUGCAAUAGUCAGGACCUGGUAACGGGAGGUAAAACAACAAAAACAGACUUGGUUGGUAGUCCCCUUUCUGCGGAGUUUAAUGUUAUAAUAGAGCGAUUGUUUCUAUUUUCUCUUUCUUUCUUUUCUAGGGUCUAUUUUCUCACUUUACUUCCUUCUCUAACUUCUUUCCUAAGGGGCUUUCUUUUCCCAACACUCUUGCACUUCACGACUCUCUUGCACUUUCUUUACUUUUCUUACUUCUACCUUUUUCUUAAAGCUCGAAAAAAUGAAGCGGUACAAAAAAUGUAUUAAGAUAUAUGUGUUAUGCAGGAUUGUAAUUUACCGUACUUCUAAUAAAAAUUAAAUUAAAAAAAAAAAAAAAUACAUUCGUCACUCUCCCCAAUUUCACCCCACUCGUACACAAAUUCUCUCCACUUCACCCUCUCAUGCCCCCCCUCCUCUCCGACACACUCCCUCUCUCGCAGAACAUUGACCUCUAAUUUCAGGUAAUCCCUACCAAAGAUUGAUGAGAAGGCCUACCGGGAGGAGGUGGCUGAUCUAGCACUCUGGUGCCAGGAUAACAGCCUCCUCUUGAACAUCAAAAAAACGAAGGAGCUGAUCAUGGACUUUAGGAGGGCACAUCAUCCGAGGACAAAAUCAUGAGAGACCCCUUCCACCCCUGCAACGGACUGUUCCAGCUGCUACGGUCAGGCAAACGCCUCCGUUGCCAUGCGGUGAGAACGGAGAGGUUGAGAAGGAGUUUCUUCCCAGAGGCAAUUCGGACUGUAAACGCCUAUCUCACCAGGGACUAACUCUACAGAACGUUUUUCCUUCCAUUAUUUAUUAUGUAAAAGAAUAUGUGUGUUAUGAUUGUGUUUAUAAUUUGUUUGGUUGUUUUGUUGUUUGUCUUUUGCACAAAAGUCCGCGAGCAUUGCCACUUUCAUUUCACUGCACAUCUCGUAUGUGUAUGUGACAAAUAAACUUGACUUGACUUAUAGCGGAGCAAGAUAGGCCACUGCUGCGAAAUGCAAUGGGCUGACGUGUAGUAGCAAUGGAGCAGAACCUAGGCAUUUUGUUGUCCAUUUCAGUAACCUACCCGACUCACAGUAAUCAACGUUGCGGGGGAACAGUUUGUGUGUGUGAUAUCGGGUUAGUUCAUAAUUCUGUUAAUUCUUGUUAAAGAAUAAAAUAUUUAUAAAUUUUGACUG